CACUACCCGUUGUAUCCUCACUCCAGAACUACAGCACUGAAGCUGGCUGUCUCUCCUAAUUGGACCAGCUAUGGACUCAGGAUAUUUGGCUAUCUGCAUCCAUACACUGAUGGAGAGUUUGUUUUUGCUUUGAGCUCUCAGGACAACUCUGAGUUGUGGCUCAGCACAGAUGACUCCCCCCUCAAUGUGCAGUUACUGGGAUGGGUUGGAAAGACUGGCACAGAGUGGACCGCCCCUGGCGAGUUUGAGAAAUACGCUAGUCAGAUAUCCAGACCAGUUAGGCUUUCUGCAGAGAGGAAGUACUUUUUCGAACUUCUACACAAGCAGGACCAUGAAGGGACAGACCAUGUGGAGGUGGCAUGGCAGCUCCAGGACGAAGGCUCCAGAUUCACAGUUAUUGCAUCCAAGGACAUCUCUCUCUAUGUUGAUGAGUCUGCUCUGGUAGCAGGUGAUGUUGCUCACGUACCUCAGACAGCUGCGAGCCACCAAAACACGAGACAGAGCAGCUCCACAGUCGACAUGUUGAUGGAAGACCCACGAGAUGUUCUCUACCAAGUGCCUUUGAUAAACAGCAAGUUCCUACAAGAUAUUUUGCCUGUCUGCGACUACAAACCCAGCUACACAAUCAAAGGCAUUCAUCUAGACCGCUAUCAAGGACUGAAUUAUGUCAAAUCAUCCUACAUCUACCCCAAUGACCACACCCGACUCGCACACAUGGAGUCUGAGAAAAGCUGCUUCUACCCCCAGAGCCCUGACAUCAUGAAGAAGUCCAAUUUCUCUAGAUACAUGAAACUAGACAGUCCUGACCUGCAGGAUCAAGAAAACACAGACAGAAAUUAUAGCUUCAUGUGGGAGAAAUCUGUCCGAAAUGAGAAGGAAGCCAAGCCAGACCAGAAAAGCAACACAAUUUUCCCAGACUAUGGAACAGAUUAUGAGAGUUAUGCUGAGAAAUUAAAGAACAUACUCCACUCGUUACCUGUGCAGGAAGAUGACACAAAGCCUCUUCCUCAGACUGAGUCAAGGAAACCAGACGAGCUUGUGUCGUCAGAGAAGAUCCAACAGGGGACCAAGCAGCAGAACAUUGCUAAAAAAACACAGAAGGUCCCGCGGGAAGCUAAGGAUAAGAAGGUUGAGAAAAAUGUUGACUAUGACCCUGUGGUGAACUGGAGGCAGACCUUCCAGAUCAACUACCUGGACUUCCGGGCACACACCUCAGAUGCAAUGCAACUGAAAUGCAAAAUUUCUGGCAGUCUGCUGAUCAACUCCAGUGAUGUCCUGCCAGUGGUGAAUGCUUUCAUAGACAAACUCAACAACAAACAUAAUGGACAGUUCACAUUAGUGCGAGUGGUUAACGUGGUGAAGCGUGUGGACAUCGUCAAAGGAAGCCGUUACCUCCUGGAGCUGCUACUGAAAGACAUUAACGGCCGGCUGCUGCGUCUGUCACAAUAUGUCUACGCUUUGAUUCCACAACCUGAGCUGGUGCUGUGUAACCCAGUGGGCUUCAGCUGGAAUCCUCUUGCCACCGUCCACAUCAUAGUGCCAGUGAAAAACCAGGCUCGGUGGGUUUACCAGCUGAUUUUGGAAAUGGAGAAAGUGUUCAAAGAAACUGGAGACACCAACUUCAACCUCAUCAUCACUGACUACGAAAGCACUGACAUGGACGUGGAGAAGGCUCUAAAGAGCUCGUCACUCCACAGGUACCAGUAUCUGAAGCUGAGUGGAARCUUCCAGCGCUCUGCUGGUCUGCAAGCAGGAGUCGACCUCAUAGAAGACAAACACAGCAUAGUGUUUCUGUGUGACCUCCACCUCCAAUUCCCUACCUCUAUGAUCGACAGCAUCAGGAAACACUGUGUGGAGGGAUACAUGGCCUAUACUCCCAUAGUCAUGAGACUGGACUGUGGGGCUACACCACUGGAGGCCAGAGGUUUCUGGGAGGUGGAGGGCUUUGGCCUGCUUGGAAUCUAUAAGUCUGAUCUGGAUGCAGUGGGAGGAAUGAACACCAAAGAAUUUACAGACCGCUGGGGAGGGGAAGACUGGGAACUACUCGACAGGGUCAUUAAGUCAGGGAUGGAAGUGGAUAGGGUCUACUUGAGGAACUUCUUCCACUACUUUCACUCCAAACGUGGCAUGUGGAACCGGCAGUUUACACCCGACAAGUAAACUUACCAUCUGUCACAGCACAAUGACAUUACCACAGUCACAACCAGAGCAAAGGACAGAUAAUGGUUACUACUUCUGACUGACAGAGAUUAACACAAUAUGAUGGAAUUGGGGCUGAAUACUGUCUAAAGCUUUGCAGAACAACACCGAGUACAACCCAGAGUAUAUUUACCUGGAAGUACUACCCACUACUGAGACGAUACACACUGAUGCUGAUGAGUGCCACUGACUAUUUGAUAUUGUACAUGAACAUACUGCCAUGUUCCAUGUUUGUCACUUUGUUUGUUUAUCUGCAUUAUACUCACUGCCAAGAUCGAAACCUCAAUGAAAUGGCGGUGCACACUACGAGGAUGUUUAAACACAAGUGUCCCAUAUCUUGAUGCACAUGAGUUUUAAAUGUUUUGUUUGUGACAAAAUUAAAUAUACUGUAUGUAUAUGAUUCAAGAUUCUCUAUCGGAUAAACACAGAGUUCAUGUUGUUGAUUUUAUCUGUUUUUGUUAUUUUCAGAAAAGUGAUAAAAGUGUAUCUCAACAUUUAAGAUGAGAAAUAUAUUUGUAUCACAAACAUGAAACUGAUCAAAUUCAUAGUACACUUGGCCAAUAUUUGUUCGUAUGCUGCCUAUUCUGUCCAAUGCCACUUUCCAAAGAUCAUAGUUGAAUGUGGAGUUUUGCAGAAAAGCCAUAAAUCAGGGUUUUGUUUUUGACAUUCAUUCUUCAGGUCCUUGAUUUUACUAAUGUUAAGCUGCAGGUGACUUCUGCCACACCAUCCUACAAAACUCCCUACCAGGUCUCCAUACCGCUCUUUGUCCUCUGAGAUACAGUCAUCAGAGAACUUUUGUGGAUGGCAUGUUCCUGUGUUGUAUCAGAACUCAAAGCUGUAAAGGCUGAACAGUGAUGAUGACAGGAGUGGGGUGUCCCAGGAUCAGUCCUGCAGCCUGACACACUGAGGCCUGUCUGUGAUGUAGUCUGAUCCAUGACAGAGGGUCCCGGUCCAUCUGCAUCACAGAGAGCUCAUGGGCCAGCCUGUGUCACUGAACAGUGUCAAACACCGGAGAAGUUAAAGAACAUAAUCCUCAAGGUGCUCUGUGACUUCUCCAGGUGUGUGUAUGCUCUGUGAAGCAGGUAAAUAAGGGCAUUAUUGAACUCAAUGUCAGUUGGGUAUGCAAACUUUGAUGCUAUACGAGUUAACGUCUGACUUCUUGUACAGUUCAGUGGUUUCUUCUCUCAGGGAUACAGUUUUCAAUUUCAGGUUGUUUGACAAAUCUGGGGAGUCAAUACAUUUCCCUGAAUAAAAUGCCAACCUUGCCUUUGCUUUCAUUACGUCCUGUUUUCUAUUUUGAAUUGCUGCCUGUUAACGUUCACUAAUUUAAUUUCUAACUGAAAUUAUAACACUGAGAUAUUCUGGCUAUUUUUGUCUACAGAUAAAAAACUAAGUAAAAGUUUUACAAUUUGUAAAAAAGCAUUGCAUUUGUAUGUCACCAUUAUUGGGUUUCAAUCUCAAUUUUUUAAAUUUCUGCAUGUUCUGACUUUAAUUGAUUAAGAGACACAGGGGCAUUGCAAUGAGGUAGGCAAAGCAAGCAACUGCCUAUAGGACCCUGAGUUGAGAAGAGGCCUCUGGGAACUGCUGACUACAUUAGUCCACCAAGACAAGAGAGAACCCUGUUCAAGAGCCUGCAACAUCACUAAUUGCAGAUGUUUGGUUGAAGGCUACAAUUUCAAAAUGACUGACAUUGUGAUUUCUCCUUAUGGUGUCAGCUUUCUCUGUAU